AUGCCUCAAUUCAAGCUGAAAGAUGUAUCCUCCUUGUCACUGCAGCCUGGUGACAAGCAAGAGGUCGAAGUUGAGGGUGUCGAGGGCGGCAAAGUUCUUCUCCUCAAUGCCGCUGGCAAGAUCCAAGCUAUGGGACCAAAGUGCACACAUUACGGAGCUCCCCUCGUAAAGGGCGUUUUAACUAAGGGCGGUCGAUUGACCUGCCCGUGGCACGGAGCUUGCUUUAACGGCCAGACCGGUGAUAUCGAGAACGCCCCUGCCUUAGACGCCCUCCCCGUCUUCAAAGUAGUUGAGAAGGAUGGUGCCGUGUAUAUCGAAGGCGAGGAGGCGACGAUCAAAGCCGCGAGACGGAAACCUAACUUCAAGUGUGGUACCAGCGGCGGGGCACAAGCUGAUAGAGUUGUCGUAGUUGGCGGCGGCAGCGGAGCAAUUGGUGCUAUUGAAGGUCUAAGGGAGAAGGGUUUCUCUGGCCCUAUUACUAUGAUAUCUAACGAAGGCUAUCUGCCCAUCGAUCGAACUAAGCUAUCUAAAGCCUUAAUUACAGACCACACCAAGAUCCAGUUGAGGGACGAGGAGUGGUUCAAGUCGGGCUCGGUCGAAGUAGUGUAUGACGAAGUUGUCGACGUCGAUCUUGUCAGCAAGGCUGUUACCACUAAGAAUAAGGAGAGAUUUGUAUACUCUAAGCUGGUUUUGGCUACUGGAGGCUCACCGCGGAAUCUGCCCAUGCAGGGAUUUAAAGUGCUCGAGAACAUCUUCCUACUUAGGACAGUUCAUGAUGCAAAGAAGAUUGUGGAUGCUAUCGGUGAUAAAGGUAAAAAGAUUGUCGUCGUUGGUAGUAGCUUCAUUGGCAUGGAAGUGGCAAAAGCGACGGCUGCCGAAAACGAGGUGACGGUAGUUGGUCAAGAAAGCGUCCCGCUGGAGAGAGUAUUGGGCCAGGAAGUUGGUGCCGGAUUACAGAAGUUAUUGGAAGAGAAAGGGGUCAAAUUCUACAUGUCAGCAGGAGUGGACAAAGCUGAACCAUCUGGCUCGAGUCCAUCCAGAGUGGGCUCGGUGCAUCUGAAGGACGGCACAAAACUCGAAGCCGAUCUGGUCGUGUUGGGUGUUGGUGUCGCACCGUCAACGGGAUAUCUUAGAGAGAAUAAGGUAAUCCGAUUAGAAGAAGAUGGAUCAUUAAAGACGGAUGAGAACUUCCUCGUGGUAGGAGUAGGACUGAAGGAUGUCUAUGCGAUCGGAGACAUUGCCUCGUAUCCUUAUCACGGUCCCGGAGGUCAGGGCAACUUCACACGAAUCGAACAUUGGAACGUGGCGCAGAAUCAGGGACGACUUGUAGCCCAUCACAUCGUCAACCCGUCGUUGAAAUCAGACUUCUUCACACCAAUAUUCUGGUCGGCUCUGACGGGACAAUUGCGAUAUUGCGGUAAUUCGAUGAACGGGUGGGACGAGCUUGUCUUGCAGGGUAAUCCGGGAGAAGGCAAAUUUGUGGCAUAUUACUGCAAAGGAGAGACUGUGGUAGCGAUGGCUAGUAUGGGAGUGGAUCCAGCUAUGUCCAAGUCGGCCGAGCUUAUGAAGAUGGGCGCUAUGCCAUCUAAGACGGAGCUUAAGGGAGGGCUAGACAUUUUGGCUGUUCCGUUACCGGCUUAG